GCAUUCGACAUGUGGUUUCACUGCAACAUCUACAAAGUUAUUUUGAAAUUGUGUGAAGAAAUUUAUUCAAUUUUUUUUUUUUUUUGGUCGUUUGGUUUUUUUUUUUCUUUUCUUCUUCUUAAAAAUGAGCAUAACAAGUAAUGCUGCAAUGUUAUUGUUUUUUUUCUUAAAAGGCAUUUUUCAAUGAAUAUAUAUAUAUAUAUAUAUAUAUAUAUAUAUAUAUAUAUAUAGUGAAAGAAAUGAAAUGUUAAUUCACUUAUGGCCAUGUAUUGUACACAAAAUGAAUUUACACGGAGUAGACACAAGUUGCAAUAUUCCGGAUAUCGUUCUAGUGUUCGGAACCUAUUUUUGAAUAGGAAGCUCAGAGUAUUUCCGAUGCGUUGUAAUGCAUAAUCAUAAUCAAUGAUCGAUUAAUUAAUCUUAUUUUAUUCGUUAAAUAAGUGUUGAAUAAGCUGAAGCAACAUUGAAGAUACACCUACACAGUUGACAGAAACCUAAAGAUCUUGAAUUUAUCUGAUAACGGCACAACAUUUUCCCUUUGGUGGACAAUGGCUGAAUCAGAAACGAACGAACAAAGCGACAAUUUUGAACUACAUGGAUAUGAUGUAAACACUGUAUCAGAAAACAAUAACAAGACAGAAACCUCUGCAGAAUACAAACCUUUCAAAUGCCAUGUAUGUGCCGAGGAGUUUCAGAAAAUAGGAGAAAUCGAAGCUCAUCUCAAGGCACACACAGAUUACAAGCCUUAUAAAUGCGAUGUUUGUGGAAAAUCGUUUGGUACGCUGUUUGUAAAACGGCAGCACAUGAGAACCCACACAGGAGAACGACCAUUUAAAUGUGAAAUGUGUGACAAAGCCUUCAGCACAAUUCAUGAAAACCGCCAGCACUUGAGAAUACACACGGGUGAGAAACCCUUUUCUUGCGACGUCUGUGGAAAAGUUUUCAGUCAUAUUAAGAACGCUCGUCGUCAUAUGAAAGUCCAUACUGGGGAAAAGUUGUAUAAAUGCGACGUGUGCGGAAAAGAUUUCCGGGAGCUCAGUUCUCUCCGGUCACAUUUUCUAAUUCACACAGGUGAAAAACCAUUCGAGUGCAAACUUUGCGGAAAGGGGUUUACCCAGUCAUGUAACCUGUUGAGUCAUAUGAAAGUUCACACAGGUGAUAAACCUCAUAAAUGUGAAAUUUGUGGAAAGGCAUUUAUUUGGCAGACAAAGUUACGAAGUCACAUGUUGACUCACAGUGGGAUGAAGCCAUACAAGUGUGAAAUUUGUUGGAAAGAUUUCGUGCAGUCAUCUGAUUUGCAGACUCACAUCUCGCGAACACACUCAAACAAAAAACCUCACCCUUGUGAGGUAUGUGGGAAAGCCUUCAGAAAUCUGUACGAGCUUGGAAGACACACCCAGGUACACAGGAAAGACAAGCCUCAUGUUUGUGACUUCUGCGGAAAAACUUUCAAACAAAAACUGAAUCUUCAAGAACACAGAAGAAUUCACACUGGAGAAGAGCCAUUUAAGUGCAGCGUUUGUCAAAUGACAUUUAGAAGUUCCAGUCACAAAUGGCGGCAUAUGAAAACGCACAUCAGUGAACAGUCUCACUGUGAACAAUUUCAUUGUGAACAUGUUGACCUUGAACCACAUAAUGGUGAACAAGUCAACUUUGAGUCACAUAAUGGUGAACAAGUCGACUGUGAACCACACAAUGGUGAACAAGUCGACUGUGAAACACUAGCACGUGAAAUCAAUGAUUCCUUUGAACUUGUAGGUCUGUCAACUAACAUGACCAGUGGAUGACAUCUGUGUCAUGACAGUCUCUUUGAACUAAUUGGUUGCCACAUCAUUUUCAAUCUGUUAAUCAUGACAAAUGUGUGUUCAUUGUGAUUGGUACAAAAUAAAAUAUACGCGUUUCCAGUUUCCCGACCUUACCUACGUUUUUGCUGCCAACCCUAAAUAUUUUAUUGACAAUAUUAUUCAUUUAAAUAAAAACCCAGAAUUUUCAGAACAUUAUUUUCUUCUUUUUGUGUUAGAAUUUCUCCGGUUUAAAUUUUGAGUACUACUGAUUUUCAAAAUGAUAGAAAAGUAGUGUUGAAAAAUCAGGAAAAUUUCAUAAUCGAUCAUAAUCGGAAGAACUGUUUCGAUCAAUGAUCGAUAUAAUCGGUAUUUACAUGUAGUUAAUAAAUGUUUAUUAUU